CAGUCCUGGCGGAGUCCCGCCCCAUUGCUGACCAGCUGCUGACAGCACGUCCCUCGCAGACCUGCUUGGCCGUGCAGAUUAAAGGAGAUGGUGCCUCGUCGUUGCAUCCUGUGGGACGCAGGAAGCCUCCCAGACCCUUCCCUGUCUCUGCACCCCCUUCCCCUGCAGCGUGUUCACCUUGAUUUGCCAUCAGCUCUGUGCUCACAGGUCUGUCUGCUGCACAAACCUCCUGGCCUUGGGGCAGGGGCAGCAGGUGGAAACUCACAAAACCGGUCAAGCCCGGCUCAUCCACCAGCCAGAUGCUUUCCAGGAAGAAAGGGGAAACACCUUGCUGAUGCCACGGGCUUCAAACCAGUCCUCUCCAUCUGCUUUCUGUCUGCCUGGGAUUCCUGGAAGCUUCUGGUUUGAAGAGAGCUGUCCCUGUGCACACCGGGCGAGAGGAAGCCACAGCCGCAGCAAUGAGCGAGGCAUACGUGAAGAGGCUGUUCGCCAUUCUGCUGGACGCUGUCACCGACAAGGACCCUCAGGUGCAGGAGCAGGUGUGUGGCGCCCUGUGUGCCCUCGGAGAGUCGCAGCCCGUGGAGGCUCUCCGCGCCUGCGAGGAGCACCUGCGGCUGCACGAGAAGCUGGCGCGUCCGUACCGGACGAUGAUCCUGAGGGUCAUGGAGACGGUCGUGAGCGGUCACGUCGGCGAGCUGGGCGAGGACGUGGCCAGGGCCAGCAUCCUCCUGGCCUCCAGCGAGAUGACCAGAGUGAAGGAGUUGGUCUGUGAUUGGCAGCAGGCUGCCAGCAACGUCCUGGUGGCCGUGGGAAAGCGUUUCAUCAGCAGCGUGAUGGAGGAGAUGCUGAGCAAGUUCCAGCCCGGGGUCCUGCCGCACCAUUUUGUCGUGCAGACGCUCGCCAACCUCUCAGUUUCCAAUGUGUUCGGCAUGGUGCCCUUCCUGACGCCCAUCCUGAACACCAUGCUGCCCAUGCUGAGUGCAGCCAAGCCCGACUCGAUGAGGGUGGCGUUCUGCUGUGCUCUGCAGCGCUUCAGCGAGAGCACCCUGGAGUACCUGGCCGACCUGGACCAGGCCCCCGACCCCACGGUCAGGAAGGAUGCCUUCGCCACUGACAUCUUCAGCGCCUACGACAUCCUCUUCCACCACUGGCUGCAGAGCCGGGAAGCCAAGCUGCGGCUCGCUGUGGUGGAGGCCCUGGGGCCCAUGAGCCACCUGCUGCCCAGCGAGAAGCUGGAGGAGCAGCUCCCCAAGCUCCUGCCUGGACUCCUCGGCCUCUACAAGAAGCACGCCGAGACCGUCCACGUGUCCAAGAGCCUGGGCCAGAUCCUCGAGGCGGCCGCGAGCGUGGGCAGCCGCACGCUGGACGUUCAGCUUGACUCACUCCUGGCUGCCCUGCACGCUCAGGUCUGCGUGCCCGUCGAGUCCUCGAGCCCUCUGGUGGUGAGCAACCAGAAGGAGGUACUGCGCUGCUUCACGGUGCUGGCCUGCUGUUCGCCUGACCGCCUGCUGGCCUUCCUGCUGCCCAAGCUGGACACCAGCAACGAGAGGACCCGUGUGGGCACCCUCCAGGUCGUGAGGCACGUCAUCAACUCGGCCGCUGCUCAGAUGGAAGUCAAGCAACCCUUUAUUCUCUCCUCCAUGAAGCUUCCUCUUCUGGAUACCAAUAGCAAGGUGAAGCGGGCCGUGGUGCAGGUGAUCAGUGCCAUGGCCCAUCACGGCUACCUGGAGCAGCCUGGAGGCGAGGCCAUGAUCGAGUACAUCGUGCAGCAGUGCGCGCUGCCCCCCGAGGCGGAGCCUCAGAAGCUGGGCGCCGACAGCGAGGCCCCGGAGGCAGACAGCGUGCGGGCCAUCAGUGUCAGCACCCUCUACCUGGUCAGCACCACCGUGGACAGGAUGGGCGACGUCCUCUGGCCAUACCUGCUCGAGUUCCUCAUCCCCGUGCGCUUCACCGGGGCGCUGACCCCGCUCUGCAGGAGCCUCGUGCACCUGGCCCAGAAGAGGCAGGAGGCGGGGGCCCACGCCCUCCUCAUUCACUACAACGGCAACGCGACCCUUCCAUCUCCCUACGCCAUGACCACCAGGCUCCUGGCCGUGUCUUCCAGCCCCUACCUGGGGGACGGUCGCGGGGCGGCCUCGCUGCGCCUCCUGAGCGCCCUUCACCGGGACAUCCAUCCAAUGCUGGGUCAGCGGUGGGCGACCGCCAUCCCCCUGCUGCUGGAGCACCUGGACGGAUAUACGGAGGAAACCCUGUCACGGAAGGAAUGGGAGGAGAAGCUGCUGACGUUCCUUCGAGACACUCUGGCUGUUGUGUCUGACAACACAUGGAUUUGCCAGCUGAGCCUGGAGAUGUGCAAGCAGCUACCCAACUACAACGGGACGCCCCUGGAGAAGAACUUCCUGUAUAAAUGCAUAGGAACUACCCUGGGUGCUGCUUCAAGUAAGGAGGUGGUGAGAAAACAUCUGCAGGAGCUGCUGGAAACCGCCAGAUACCAGGAGGAGAGCGAGCGUGAGGGCCUUGCCUGUUGCUUGGGGAUCUGUGCCAGCUCCCACCUGGAUGACACCCUGGCCCAGCUGGAGGACUUUGUAAAGUCAGAUGUGUUCAGAAAAUCUGCCGGCAUUUUCAACAUUUUUAAGGAUCGGAGUGAGAACGAGGUGGAGAAAGUGAAGAGCACGCUGAUCCUGUGCUACGGGCACGUGGCAGCGCGGGCCCCCCGCGAGCUGCUGCUGGCCAGGGUGGAGUCGGACAUCUUCCGGAACAUGUCCCAGUGCUUCAGCACCAAGGUUCUGGGGAUAAAGGUAGAGACCAAGGACCCGGCCCUGAGGCUGUGCCUCGCGCGGAGCGUGUGCAUGGCCAGCCAGGCCAUCUGCAGCAGCUCCCGCGGCAGCUCGUUCCAGCUGUUGAGGAAGCCGGAGCUGGUGGCUCAGAUGAUGGAGUUCAUCAAGGCCGAGCCCCCGGACUCCCUGAGGACGCCCAUUCGGAAAAAGGCCAUGCUCGCCUGCACUUACCUGGUCUCCCUGGAGCCGGCGCUGGAGGGGCAGGCGCAGGCGGACCUGAUCCACAGCUGCCUGCAUGGCGUUAUGGCCGUGCUGCCUGAGCCCGAGGGGGUGGACGGCCACCAGGAGCCCCUGUACCUGGACACCGUGCAGGCCCUCAAGGACUUACUGACAAGCCUCCUUCAGCGAAACAUGACCCCCCAGGGCCUGCAGGUCAUGGUGGAGCACCUGAGCCCAUGGAUCAAGUCCCCGAGGGGCCACGAGCGGGUGCGGGCGCUUGGCCUGAGCGCCUGCCUGCUGCAGUACUUCCUGAAGCACCUGCACAUCAGCGCCCUGGUGCCCUUCCACAACCUGGGCCUCCUGCUCGGCCUCUUCUCCCCACGGUGCGCGGACCUACGGCCUGCCACCCGCCAGGAGGCUGUGAGCUGUGUCUACUCCCUGCUCUACCUCCAGCUGGGCUACGAGGGCUUCUCCCGCGAUUACCGGGACGAUGCGGUUGAGCAGCUCCUCACCCUCAGAGACGGCCUGGGGCACCCUGAGCCCUCCAUCCUCUUCCACACCUGCCACAGCGUAGCCCAGAUUAUUGGCAAGCGCCUCCCGCCAGAUCAACUCAUCAGCCUCUUGCUCACCCUGUUUGAGGGCCUGGGAGACCCCGACAAGAACUGCUCCCGAGCCGCUACAGUGAUAAUCAACUGCCUGCUGAAGGAGCGGGCCAACGUGCUCCUGGAGAAGGUGCCCGAGAUCGUGAGCGUGCUGCGCUCCAAGCUGCAGGAGACCCGCGGGGAGCACGUCCUGCAGGCCGCACAGCACAGCGUGUACGUCCUGGCGGCCCGGCACCACGUCGCCGUGGUGUCCAGCCUUCUGGGCAGCCCCCUGCCCUUUGACAGCCACACCUGCACCCUGUGGAGGGCGCUGGCCGUGGAGCCCGGCCUCGCCACACAGGUCCUGGGGCUGCUCCUGGAGAAGAUGAGCAGGGACGUGCCGUUCAAGGAGAGCCGGGCCUUCCUGCUGAGCAGCACGCCCGACCGCGUGGCCACCCUGCCGCCCCUUGCGGCCACCUGUGCGCUGUACGAGGUCGCGUCUGCCCCGGCGUCUGGGCCGGCGGUGCUGGAGCUCUACCCCCAGCUGUUUGCGGCGCUGCUGCUGCGGGUCAGCUGCACCGUGGGUGUCCAGCUGCCCAGGAACCUGCAGGCCAAGGAGAGGAAGAGCGCCAGCUCAGGCCUGGCCUCGCGGAGCCUCGAGCCCUGCAGCUCCGCAGUGGAUGCGCUGCAGGCCGUGCUGCUCCGAGGCGGCAACGAUGAUGUGGUGCAACACAUGGAGCUGGAGGGGGGCUGGCAGCUGCUCAGGACCUCGGCCGGGCACGAGGAGGGGGUCACCCGGCUGGCCAGCGCCAUGGCCAAGUUCGCGGGCCCCCGGCUGCCCCUGAUGAUGAAGGCGCUCUUCGCCACACAGAGCAGUGUGUACGAGAUCCAGAGGGUCAGCUCCACAGCCUUCCUGGCCGAGCUGCUUAGCAGCAACAUGGUGAACGACCUGAUGCUCCUGGAGUCCCUGCUGGACAACCUGCUGGCACGGCAGAAGGACACGUGCGCCUGUGUGCGAAGGCUGGUGCUCCGGGGCCUGGCCAACAUUGCCUCGGGCUCCCCGGAUAAGGUGAGGGGCUGGCCAGGCCCUCUGGGGCCCUGUCCCCGGGAGAGAGACAGCAGAGCUGCAGCCAGUGAGGAGACCCAGAUGGACGCGGUGCAGGCGGUACGGGCCCAUGGCCCCCAACUCCUGACGGCCAUGAUCGGUGGGCUGGACGACGGUGAUGACCCGCACAGCCUGGUGGCCCUGGAGGCCAUGCUGGGCCUCGCGAGGCUGCUGGACCUGGUGGAGGCCUGGGACCUGCGCGCGGUGCUGCUGCACGUUGCCAUCCGCAUCCGGCCCUUCUUCGACAGUGAGAAGAUGGAGUUCCGUUCUGCGUCCAUCCGCCUCUUCGGGCACCUCAACAAAGCCUGCCAGGGGGACUGCGAGGAUGUCUUCCUGGAGCAGGUUGUUGGCGGGCUGGCGCCCCUGCUGCUGCACCUGCAGGACCCCCAGCCCCCAGUGGCUGCUGCCUGCAGGUUCGCCUUGCGCAUGUGCGGCCCCAACCUGGAGUGUGAGGAGCUGGCAGCCAUCUUCCAGAAGCACCUGCAGGAGGGCCGGGGCCUGCACUUCGGAGAGUUCCUCAACACCACCUGCAAGCACCUGAUGCACCACUUCCCCGACCUGCUGGGCCGCCUGCUGAGCACCAGCCUGUUCUACUUCAAGAGCAGCUGGGAGGACAUCCGCGCUGCGGCCCCCAUGCUCACAGGGUUCCUGGUGCUGCACGUGGAGGCUGAGCACUGGCCGCAGGUGGACCUGGAGCAGCUCCUGGCGGCGCUCCAGCUCCUGCUCAAGGACCCGGCCCCCGCGGUGCGCGUGAAAGCUGCUGAGACUCUGGGCCGCCUGGUGAAGUUCGCCUGAGGCUCCCGUGGCACUGCUGCCCCUACACGCAAUACCGGCCUCGCCGGCCCGAACCAAACCUCCGAGAUGGGGCCCUAAGGAGCCCCCUACCCGAGGGGAGCCCCCGGGCCCACACAGCAAGGGAGGGCUGGGGCCGCGAGGGUGGGCAAGUCGCUGUCCCCCCCUUCCCAAUAAAGCCAUUUGCCGCUCA